AUGCUUCUUUCUUUUUUCAUUCAUAAUUUUAUAUUUCUUUCUUUCUCUUUUUCUUUCGUUCUUUCUUUCUUUCUUUCUCCCAUUCUUCCUCUUUUGCGUUUUUUACUUUUCUUCACAAUUUCUUUUUUCUUCAUUCUUUCUUACUUUCUUUUAUUUCGACAUUCCCUACUAAAUCGUCUUCUAUUUUUUGCUUUCUUUCUUUUCCUUCCCAUUUUUCUUUUACUUUUUCUUUCUUUCUUUCUUUUGUUUGUUUGUUUGUUUCUUUCUUUCUUUCUUUCUUUCUUUCUUUUUUUCUUUCUCGUUUUUAUUUCUACAUACCUUUCUUUUUUUUCUAGUUCUUUCUUUCUUCGCCUACCAAAUUGUCUUUCUUUCUUUUUUUCUUUCUUUUCAAGCCUUAUUGUCUUUGUUUUUUUCUUUUCUUUACUUUCUUCCUCCUUUUUUCUUUCCUUCAUAAUUGCUCUAAUUGAUUUACUUUUCUUGAAUUAUUUCUCUGUUUCUUUCUUUUUAUCAUUCCUUCUUUUUAUCUCUUUCUCUCUUUCAUUCUUUCUCCUAAUUUUUGGCUCAUUUCUCUGUCUCUUUCUUUCUUUCAUUAUUUCUCUCUUUCUUUCUUUUAUUUAUUCUUUCACUUUCUUGUCUCAUUUCACUGUUUUUCUUUUUAUUAUUCUUUCCUUCUUUCUUUGUUUCAUCUUUUUUCUUUCUUUUUUUUUUCACUUUUCUUUUCAUUUAUCUUUAUCUUUAUUUUUUUUCUUUUUUUCUUUCUUCUUUUCUAUUUUUUUUUCUUUUUCAUCUUUCUUUCUUUUCUUUUUUUCAUUUUCUUUCUCUGUCUUUUUCUGUUUAUCUUUCUUUCUUUUUUUCUUUCAUUUUCCUUUUUUCUUUCAUUUCUUUUUUCUUUUCAUUUUUUUCUUUUCUUUUUUUCCCUAUUUUCUCUUUUUCUUUUCUUUUUUUUCUUUCUUUUUCUUUUUCUUUCAUUUUCUCGUAAUUUCUUGGCUCAUUUCUCCGUCUUUUCAUUUUUUUUUCUUCUUUCUUAUUUCAAUUCUUUUUUGGCUCAUUUCUCUUUCUUUUUUUUCAUACUUUUCUUUCUUUUUUUCUUUUUCUUUUCUUUUUCAUUUUCUUUAUCUUUCUUUCUUUUUUUUUUUCUUUUCUUUUUUCUUUAUUGAUUUCUUUAUCUUUCUUUCAUUUUCUUUCUUUAAAAUUUCUUUCUUUUUUUUUCUUUUUUCUUUUCUCUCAUUUCUCUUUCUUUUCUUUUCUUCUUUCUUUCUUUUCUUUCUUUUUUUCCUCGUAUUUUCUUUUUUCUUUCUUUUCUUUCUUUCUUUUCCUUUUUUUCUUUUCUCUUUCUUUUCAUCUUUCUUUCUUUCUUUUUUUCAAUUUUCAUUUUCUUUCUUUUUCUUUAAUUCUUUUCUCUUUUUUCUUUUCUUUCUUUUCAUUUCUCUGCUUUUCUUUUUCUUUCUCUCUUUUCUUUUCAUCUUUCUUUUUUUCUUUUCUUUUUCAUAUUUUGGCCUCGUAUUUUCUUUUCUCUUUUCUCUCUGCCUUUUUUUUUUCAUCUUUCUUUUUUCUUUUUUCUUUCUUUCAUUUCGUAUUUUCUUGGCUCUUUUUCUCUGCCUUUCUUUUCAUCUUUCUUUCUUUUCUUUCUUUCAUUUUUCCUCGUAUUUUCUUGGCUCUUUUUUCUCUUUCUUUCUUUUCAUUUCUUUCUUUCCUCUUUUUGGCUUUUUCUUCUGCCUUUCUUUCCUCGUUUUUUCUUUUUUCUCUUUUCUCUCUGCCUUUCUUUUUUUCUUUCUUUUUCUUUCUUUCAUAUUUCCUCGUAUUUUCUUGGCUCUUUUCUCUCUGCCUUUCUUUUCAUCUUUCUUUCUUUUUCUUUCUUUCAUAUUUCCUCGUAUUUUCUUGGCUCUUUUCUCUCUGCCUUUCUUUUCAUCUUUCUUUCUUUUUCUUUCUUUCAUAUUUCCUCGUAUUUUCUUGGCUCUUUUCUCUUCUUUUUUCUUUUCAUCUUUUCAAUUCUUUUUGGCUCUUUUCUCUCAUUUUUCCUUUUUCUUUCUUUCUCUUUUCUUUCAUUUUAUUUUCUUGGCUCUUUUCUCUCUGCCUUUCAUUUUCAUCUUUUUUCUUUCUUUUCUUUUUCUUUCUUUCUUUGCCUUUCUUUCAUCUUUCUUUUUUCUUUUCUUUCAUUUUCUUCGUAUUUUCUUGUCUCUUUUUCUUUUCAUUUUUUUUUUUUUCUUUUCCUCGAAGGCCUUCCUUCCUUCCACUCUCACUCACACAAUCUUUCACUCACACAUUCUCUCACUCACACUCUCUCUCUCUCUGUAUAUCUCUCGCUCUCUCUCUGUAUCUCUCUCUCUGUAUCUCUCUCUCUCUGUAUCUCUCUCUCUCUCUCUCUGUGUAUCUCUCUCUGUAUCUCGCCUCUGUAUCUCCAGUUGCCUUGAUCUAUCCACUACUCUUCUCCUCAUCCUUUCUUCUAUCACUCCUAUCUGA